AUGGUAGUAGCCGUGGCCGACAACAUAAGAAACACUGACCACAAUGGGUGAUGCCACGUCACACAAUUAGAUGUUAAUUUCCGUUUCUUCUCUCAUCUCAUCUCGUUUGUUCCAACCAUUUCCCUUACAAGUUACAAGAUUCGUAACAAAACAAACCUGUGACUGUAACACAUUCAGUUUCUAUUUCCAGAGAGAGAGUGAGUGAGAGUGAUGACGACGAGUUCCCAAGCCUACGGUGAACCAUGGUACUGGGACAACCGUUACACCAACGAACCUGGUCCCUUUGAUUGGUACCAAAAGUACCUCACUUUGGCACCCAUCAUCACCCUCUAUGUCCCUUCCAACCACCCUCUCCUCGUCGUUGGUUCUGGCAACUCAGCCUUCAGUGAAGGCAUGGUGGUUGAUGGCGGUUACACGGAUGUUGUCAACAUUGAUAUAUCUUCGGUGGUCAUUGAUGCUAUGAAAACCAAAUACCGAGAUUAUCCCCAAUUGAAAUAUAUGAAAAUGGAUGUCAGAGACAUGAGUGAUUUUCAAUCAGAGUCUUUUGGGGCUGUUAUUGACAAAGGGACUCUUGACUCUAUCUUGUGUGGAAGUAAUUCAAAGCAAAAUGCUACAAAAAUGCUUGAGGAAAUUUGGAGGGUCCUCAAGGAUAAAGGAGUUUAUGUUCUGGUGACAUAUGGAGCUCCACCAUAUCGCCUACGUUUGCUACGAGAGUCAUGCUCAUGGACUAUAAAACUCCAUGUGAUAGAGAAACUUGCAUCGGAAGAGAAAUCUGAACAUCCAGUUUGGGAGCUGACAAAACCUGUUCCACUUAAUAAUGAUGGAAGCUCUGUGGAGGAAGCCCUAGGACGGAAUCCUGAUGUCCAUUAUAUAUAUAUUUGCACUAAGGAAAUUUCUGCUAACUCAAACGUGACUGCGUGAUUGAGCUGUUUAGAGAGGGAGGCAUGCAUUUUUCACUCUACAAAUUCAUGUUACCACUCUUUUACUUUAGUUGAUCCUAGAACGUGUAGUGUUAAAUCUAAAGUCAAGAAGCUGUUCUUUGCGAUGAUGGUACGGAUAUGAUUUUCUCAGUGUGUGAUCUAAAGACAGCAGCAUUUCUUUAAUUUAAAAUUUGAUUGAUUCCAUGACUUUUCUGUUAAGUGUUAACUGAACCAUCUAUAAUGCAGUGUUAAAAUGUAUUAUUCUUCUAAGUUAUCGAUAAUUGUUUUUCACACUUGCUUCUC